AUUUGAGACCCACACGCAAGUGCAGUGAUUAUGCGCAUAAUUUUGCAUGGCGUGAUGUCAUCCAACACAGCCAAAGGCUUCUCAAUGAUGUCAUGGUAUUAUAUGGGCGAACGAAACAGACAUGGCGGCGAUGACGGAGUCCCUCAGCUUAGAAAGAGAUGUGUGCAGAGUGAUCGAGUUGCUGGACAGAUUGCAGAGAAGCGGCGAGCUUCCCCCACCAAAACUGCAAGCUCUACAGAGAGUCCUUCAGAGCAAGUUCUGUGCCGCCAUCCGAGAGGUGUACGAGCAGCUCUAUGACACCCUGGACAUUGUCGGAGGGCCUGAGGUUCGAGCCCAAGCUACUGCUAAGGCCACAGUCGCAGCCUUUGCCGCCAGCGAGGGCCACGCCCACCCACGGGUGGUAGAGCUGCCAAAGACUGAGGAGGGGCUGGGCUUCAACAUCAUGGGGGGCAAAGAGCAGAACUCCCCCAUUUACAUCUCCAGGGUGAUCCCUGGGGGUGUGGCCGACCGGCAGGGGGGGCUGAAGCGCGGCGACCAGCUGCUGUCCGUCAACGGAGUGAGUGUGGAGGGGGAGCACCAUGAGAAGGCGGUGGAGCUGUUGAAGGCAGCGCAGGGCUCGGUGAAGCUGGUGGUGCGCUACACCCCCAAGGUGCUGGAGGAGAUGGAGGCGCGCUUCGAGAAGCUGAGGAGCGCCCGCCGACGGCAGCAGCACACCAGCUACUCGUCUUUGGAGUCUCGAGGCUAACUGGUCUAGUCCUUCAAUCAAGCUAAUAUUAAGCCCGCCUACCCAAGCCCUCUGGUCCAAUAGGAAGCCAGAUGAUAAAGCGACCGUGCAACGAAAAAGGAAAAAUUUAAGUAGCUGUGUUAGAUCUAGACUUGUUGUCAGAUGUUAUCCAAAUUAGACAGUGGUUUCAACACAGUUAUCCGCAGAUCUGAGUACUACUAGAGAAACCUACCAAGGUCAUCCAAAAACUUUGAGUAAUUUUUCAACAUUAAGCUACUGAACCACAUGCUCUUUCAGUGUUGAGCUGAAUGGAACAGGUCUUGUUUGUAUUGGUGAAUGAAAAUAGUAUAUUGCAUUGGUAUGUUUAGCAGGUUUUAUUUAUUUUAUUUAUUUAUUUGUUUUUUUGUGUCGCUGAGGAAUUAAAAAAAAACUUGAGCAGCGACCCGAUCAUGUCUCGGUUACCUGAGCUUGCGACCCGGCAUACUUUGCAUAUGUUUGGGUCACGCCCCUUCAGUCAUUUACCGUAUAAUUUAUAAUUUAAUUUAUGUAUUUACCCAUGAAAUACCGAUAGAUUUUCAUAUUUGCAUCCGGGUGUAAUCGUGUCUUGCCAUUUCUGUAUUAAAUCAUAGUUAACCUGAA